AGUUCAGUAACUGAAAUCUAAAAAUUGUCUGGAUUGACUCAAAAUUAUCAGUGCCGGUACUCCUUUCCCGAAAUGGCGAGAAGAAAGUGGAAGUGCGGCGGCCGCUUGAGGAAGUAUCUCUGUGCGAGGAAGCGUAAAGCCACGACUCGCAGGUGCUGCCGAGGUGGGAUUCGCUCUAAAGUCACGAUCUGCAACCGGAACUGGAGGCGAAUCUCCGUGAAGCCCUUCGUGAACUUCCUGCGCCAGUACCGCAAGGGCAAGUACGGCUGGCCCAUUACCAAGUUGGUCAGGAGAGCCCGGGAGCAAUGGUGCAAAAUGUCGAAGAGUGAGAAAAGGAAAUACAUCAUGGAGGCUUGCCGCGCCAAGAAGAGGGGAUACCGCACCUGAAGGUUGGCCAUUAUCCCUAACUUUAUCCUGAUUCGUUGUUCACAAUAAGAAAUGUUUUGGUCGCUUUAAAUAAAUAUUUGUUGUGUA